AAACCCUAGUUUAUAUCAGUACUAGCAAACCCUAGUCUCUCAAAUCGUCUUCUCGCCUACCAAAAAAGCUUGCUGCUAUAUUCUACCGGCUUCUCUGCUGUUUGUUCAGGAUGGAAUCACAGAUUAAGCACGCUGUUGUGAUUAAAGUGAUGGGUAGGACUGGAUCUAGAGGACAGGUGACUCAAGUUAGAGUCAAGUUUCUCGAUGAUCAGAACCGAUUUAUCAUGAGGAAUGUUAAGGGACCCGUUAGAGAAGGGGAUGUGCUUACUCUUCUCGAGUCUGAGAGGGAAGCUAGGAGGCUUCGUUGAUUGCUCGUAUUCUUAUUGGUGUUGGUUGAUGGUAGCGGAAGGAGUUUUUGCUGUUAUUUUAGGUAGGGUAAUCGGCAAUGUUGCAUGAUUUCGAGUUUAUAUUUUGCGGUUUUGUAUACAUUUUGUGAAGUAUGUUAAGAACCUUAAGCUUGUUCCGCGUUAUGGUAAAUUGAUUUUUAUUUUUUCAA